UGGUUUCAUAAAUUCACUAGCUUGACCAUCUUUGCAGCGCACGUACUGAAAGCAGCCUAUUUUCUUCCUACGGCGAAUUGACAGUUUGUUAUAUAAUUUUCUUGAGGAAUUGGAUCUGGGUGGCGUGUCGAUUUGAUUCUGGGAUUUUUAUUCGCCGUUCAAAUCGGAAUGGCUGAGCCGAGCGCCAGAUAUCAGCAGCUGCCCAACGUGGACGAGGCUGAAGGUAACCAGCAGGUAGCUGCAGACGCGCCGCCUCCUUAUAGCAGCGUCACAGAGGACAAUGCUGCCUAUUUUGACUACAAGGAGGAGGGGAGUUUUCCCAAGCCGCCGUCCUACAACGUGGCGACCACACUACCUUCCUAUGAUGAGGCGGAGAGGACCAAGGCGGAGACCACUGUUCCCUUGGUACCCGCAAGACCUCAACACAGAGAGCGUCUGGAGACGUUUGACGAUGUCAUACGCAGUUCACUGGAGGAUGAAGACUUUGUAACCAGAGAUGAUUUUGAAGAUGCUGAUCAGCUGAGGAUAGGAAACGAUGGCAUCUUCAUGCUGACCUUCUUCAUGGCAUUCCUGUUCAACUGGAUCGGUUUCUUCCUGUCCUUCUGUUUGACCACCUCAGCGGCCGGCCGCUACGGGGCCAUCUCCGGCUUUGGCCUUUCCCUCAUCAAAUGGGUCCUCAUCGUCAGGUUCUCGACAUACUUUCCUGGUUAUUUUGAUGGACAAUACUGGCUGUGGUGGGUGUUCCUGGUGUUGGGCUUCUUGCUGUUCCUCCGAGGCUUCAUCAACUACACCCGAAUCCGCAAGAUGGCCGACACUUUCUCCACGCUGCCCCGUACCCGAGUUCUCUUCAUCUACUGAGCUCAGUGACAUCCUAUUUCGAUUGGAAAAAAACACAACACAUAACAAAACAAAAAACAUCUACUUAACAUUUACUGUCAUUCCUCUGCGUGAUCGGAAAAGGACAAUCCACAACCUCUUUGUCCUCUUUUGGUGUAAACUAGCAAAUUCUAUUAAAAAUAAAUGACCUUCACUCGUU